AUGACAACAAUUGCUUCAAAUUUUCUUCUCUUCUUCAUUCUUUUCACCUUCAUCUCUCCCUCAACAGCCUUUUCACAUAUUCAACCCAAUGCACUUGUUCUUCCAAUCACACAAGACUCUACCACUAACCAGUACAUCACUUUGAUUCAUCAAAGAACACCUCUUGUUCCUAUCAAACUAACAUUAGAUUUAAGUGGUCAAUUCCUUUGGAUAAAUUGUGAAGAACAUUAUGUCUCAUCAAGUUACCAACCUAUUCAUUGCAACACACCACAAUGCUCAAUAACAAAAUCCAAAACAUGUAGAAACUGUUUCUAUUUUAAAAACCCUGGAUGCAACAUUAACACAUGUAACCUUUAUCCAAAUAAUGUUCUUACUCAUACAAAUGAAAUUGGUGAAGUUUCAUUAGAUGUUAUUGCAGUUCAUUCAACUGAUGGAUCAAAACUUGGUCAACAAGUUACUGUAAAAAACUUUCUUUUCACAUGUGGUAGAACAAAUCUCUUGAAAGGUCUUGCUAAUGGAGUUAAUGGCAUGGCUGGUUUUGGAAGAAGUGAAAUUUCAUUACCUUCACUUUUUUCUUCUGCUUUAAGCUUCCAAAAAAAGUUUGCAAUUUGUUUAAGUUCUUCAAAAACUAAAUCUAGUAGUGUUUUGUUCUUUGGUGAUGGCCCUUAUGUUUUCUUUCCUAGGAUUGACGUUUCAAAAUUUCUUAUCUUUACGCCGCUUAUCAAAAACCCGGAUAAUUCAGCAGGACCAUUUUUCCAUGGAAGUCCUGCAGGUGAAUAUUUCAUUGGAGUAAAAGGUAUUAGAAUCAAUGAAAAACAUGUUUCAUUAAACACAUCAUUGUUGUCCAUAGGUGAUGAAGGUGAAGGAGGAACAAAAAUCAGCACUUUAAAUCCUUACACUAUCAUGGAAACAUCUAUUCAUAAUGCUUUUGUUGAUGCAUUUGCAAGAGAAUUUGAAGAUGUUCCUAAAGCAAAAGCAGUAAAGCCUUUUAAACUAUGUUAUAAGUUGAAGGAUUUGAGUGUUACAAGGGUUGACUUUGUGCCAACAGUUGACUUUGUGUUGCAAAAUAAGGAUGUUUUUUGGAGGAUGUUUGGAGCAAAUUCUAUGAUGAAAGUGAGUUGUGAGGUUUAUUGUGUUGCAUUUGUAGAUGGAGGUGUAGAAGUUACAACUUCCAUUGUUAUUGGUGGAUAUCAGUUACAUGAUAAUCUUUUGGAAUUUGAUUUGGAAAAUUCAAGACUUGGAUUCAGUUCCUCUUUAUUGUUCAGAAAAACUACUUGUGCAAACUUCAAUUUCACCUCUAUAGUACUUAAUUGA